AGACGAAAGAGGAGGCGGAAACUUCCCUGUGAACGGGCCACACUAUUUACAUAAACCUCCACUGUCGACUGCACAGGGCAGCACACAAUAUACCACCUUCAGACUGAUAUAAUGCGCUGCGUCUGGUUUGUGCCAAGGUUUGAAAAUGACCAAUUUACGCACGGCCCAGUUUUAUUAUUAUUAUUGAAAGUACAGCUGUAUUGUUAAGUAGUUUAGUCAGAGAAUCAAUGACAGCAUUGGGGCCUUUUCCGUCCUGGCGGUGUUAUUAGAUACAAUACAGAAAAAAUAUAAAGAAUUAAGUUUUAUUUUGACAUGUUACAACAUGCAAAUAGCACCAUUUCGGUGGAAUGGCCCAUUUACAGUAUAGAAGGAAGGUACACCAUUUCAAACUCAAUUACAAGUUAAUGGGGAGGACAGUGUAGCCACGUGAGUCGUGACCAGAGCGGUCCAGUUCUGAAUCGGUGACAUUUUAACCCCUGCGUCCGGACUCACCAGUUUGCAGGAUGUUUUGCGUCUGAGCGCAGCAGGAUUAAAGAGUUUACUGGCCGCAGGUGGUUGAUAAAGAAGGGCGGAGAGGUUACUCCGGUCACUUUGUCAAAUGAAAAUGUCCGCACCAACGUCCAGACGGAAUAGUUGCCGUGGAGUUGUGUGUGGAAACCGGGCAUCAUCUGAUUGCCAUGUCCGGCGCCGGGGCUCCAGCUGUUCUUACUUCUCCUCUGGAGCGCAAACUGAAGACUUUUCCGUCAGUCUGAGCCAGCCGAUAUUCACCAUAACGCUCCGGUUCUUGUUGGCAAUCGAUCUGUGGCUGUCCAAGAGGCUCGGAGUGUGCGCCUGUGAGGAGUCUUCAUGGGGCAGCAUACGGCCCCUGGUGCGGCUGGUGGAGUUCUCUGGGCAUGUCAUCCCGUGGCUCGUCGGCACCGUGUACACUCUGCUGCGGGGAGAGAGUGCGGCGGAGCAGGAGAUCAUGCUGAACUUGGCCCUGGCUCUGUUGCUGGACCUGCUGCUGGUCAGAGCUGUGAAGACUCUGGUCAGACGUCGCAGGCCUGCUCAGAACCGCUCUGAAAUCCUCUCCGCCUUCUUUGUGGAACGCUACUCCUUCCCCUCGGGCCACGCCACACGGGCGGCCAUGUGUGCCCGUUUCCUCCUUGCCCAGCAGGUGGACACAGCCUCCAUGCGGGUCCUGGUUGUGGGUUGGGCCACUCUGGUGAGCCUGUCCCGGCUGCUGCUUGCCAGACACUAUGUGACAGAUGUGGGCUUUGGCUUGGCUAUGGGUUACUGCCAAUAUAGUCUAGUGGAAAGGUUGUGGGUGACCUGGGACUGCCUGCAGGACCUACUGCUCAUGCGACUGAGAGAGAGACUCAACAAGGCUUAUAGUGGACUCUGGAUGGCAGAUUGGAAACGUUAGGCGUAUUGGAAGUGUUUGUGUGGGGAAAAUGUGUAGCAUGAGUGUGUGUAAUUCAGGAAUUCCCUGCUGUUAUAAAAAAGUGAAUUUGACUAUUUAUUGGAUUAUAUCAGAAUUACUUCAGUAUGCUUAUAAUUUCUUCUGUUUGUAUGUAUAUUUCUUUGUGUUCUUUUUAAUUUUUUGAGAGAAGAAUGAAGUGGAAAUAUUGAAACUGGAUGGCUUGGGUAGUUACUGAUGGGUUGUAGCAUAUCAGCUUGUUUGCACAAUGGUGCUGAUGAUGCAUGGACUUAUUCUUACAAUGCUGAAACCAAAGCUGAAUUUAAAUAGAGCCCUUUUUUAAAAUAAAAAGCCGAGAUGAGUACCAUUUA